GCUACCUCGGGUCCGCCGGCGGGGCGCUAAGUUCCCCGCCAGCUGUUGCAUGCACCGGCCCCGGGAACCAGAGCUGUCGCCUGGGCCCUCCUGUAUUCCCCGCGGGCCUUGGAGACCCCCCUCCCCUCCAGGGCCGAGGAGAGAGGACAGAGCCGACGUCUGGCAAAGGACUUGGCGCAUCUUGGGAGGAGGCAGUGACCACCAGUGACAGCUCAGGGGCAUUAGCAUUCUGAGGAUCUCCUUGACCAGAUGUGAGCAGAUGGAGAAACUGAGGCGCAGAGCAGGGCAGUGACUUGGGAUCCUAGAUCUGGAAAGGACCUCAGGGGUCAUUUGGUCCAACUCCCUCAUUUUACAGACGAAGAAACUGAGCUUCAAAAUGCACCCAGAGUCACCCAGCUGAAAUAUGUCACCAGAUUAAGCCUGCAAGGAGCAAAGAUUUUGUCUUCGGAUGUACACUUAAAUGAGUACAAUAAGCUUAAAAUGAGCAUGAAAUUUGAGAUCACUCCACUCAUUUAAGUGAUGAGGAAAUUGAUGUCUAGAGAGAGGAAGAGAUUUAAGGAAAAGGUCACACAGCAAGUAAAUAUCAGAGGCCCAAGCUGGACCUGAGAUGCCCUGCUUCCAGCCUUCUGCUCUGCCCACUAGGCAGUAAUUCUUUUUCCUCUCCCUCACUGUCUCUUCUCCUUCCUACUUCCUUCGAGGCAGCUCCCUCUCCUAGGCUCUGGGUGACAGAUGGAUCUCCAGCUCCGUCCGUCUCUCACCAUGCCUCUGUCUAGCUGCCUGUCUGCAUCUUCUCUCCUUGACUGUGCUCUGAAGCUCUGAGACACCUCUGAGGGGCCCAGACCUGAAUAGGGAGGAGGAAGAGGAAGAAGAAGAGGACGGAGACCCGCCCCCCAAUAUCCAGAAUCCUGCUCUUCCUAGGGAGGAAUUUAGGGAAGAAAGCAGAGCUGGGGGUGCUGGCUGAGGGACUUGGGAAAAGACCGCUCAGAGUUGCAGGAAGGGCCCACUGCAGGUCCCCUUUCUGCCAGGAUCCCUGACACUGGACAGCAGGCAAAGUGGACCAGAGCUGGGGAGCCCCAUCUUGCACCCCAGCACUGGGGGGGCAUCCCUCAAAAUGCUGGUGGCCCCGGCGAGAACUGGGAUGAUGGGCCAGGCUUUGGGCCGCUAGGCCUUCCCAGAUCUCUGCCGUCCCGAGCCGCCUUGCCUGUGGCCUGCCUCCAUCCAGCCCUCCUGCCCAGUGGGCCUCCCCCUGCCAUGCUGCGCCUGGGCCUAUGGGCAGCGGCCCUGCUCUGCGCCUGCCAGCCGGACCUGGUACAGGCCGACUGCUGGCUCAUCGAGGGCGACAAGGGCUACGUGUGGCUGGCCAUCUGCAGCCAGAACCAACCUCCCUACGAGACCAUCCCUCAGCACAUCAACAGCACGGUGCACGACCUCCGCCUCAAUGAGAACAAGCUCAAGGUGGUCCUCUACUCCUCCCUCAACCGCUUCGGCAACCUGACUGACCUCAAUCUGACCAAGAACGAGAUCUCCUACAUCGAGGACGGGGCCUUCCUGGGCCAGGCCAACCUGCAGGUGUUGCAGCUCGGCUACAACAAGUUGAGCAACCUGACGGAGGGCAUGCUCCGCGGCAUGAGCCGCCUGCAGUUCCUCUUCGUUCAGCACAAUCUCAUCGAGGUGGUGACGCCCACGGCCUUCUCCGAGUGCCCGGCGCUGAUCAGCAUCGACCUGUCCUCCAACCGCCUCAGUCGCCUGGAGAGCACCACUUUCGUGGGGCUCAGCAGCCUCAUGGUGUGCGAGCUGGCGGGCAACCCCUUCAACUGUGACUGCGGUCUCUACGGCUUCCUCAACUGGCUCGUGGUCUUCAACAACGUCACCAAGAACUACGACCGGCUGCAGUGCGAGUCCCCCCGAGAGUUCGCGGGCUACCCGCUGCUCGUGCCGCGGCCCCACCACAGCCGCAAUGCCAUCACCGUCUUCCAAUCCAUGUGCCGGGACGGUACCUUGCCAUCCCGGCCCGUCAGCCACCCCACCCCCUACACCACUGACUCCCAGAAGGAGCCAGAUGAGAACUCUGGGUUCAACCCUGUGGAUUUUCUGUCUGUGGAGCCCCCGGCCUCCUCCACCACGGACUCCUCCAUUAGCCCCACCAUCAAACUCCACUAUGUGACCUUCACUUCAGCCACCCUGGUGGUGACCAUACCUUCCCCCUUCAGCAAGCUCUACGUUCUGGUCCAGUAUAACAACAGCUACGUCUCUGACGUCAUGACUCUAAAGAACAAGAAGGAGAUCGUCACCCUCAAUAAGCUAAAGGUCCACACUGACUACACUUUCUGCGUGGCCUCCAUUCGCAACUCCCGCCGCUUCAAUCACACCUGCCUGACCUUUGCCACCCGGGAGCCGAUCCAGAACGACAUGGCCCCCAGCACGUCCACCACGACGCACUACAUCAUGACCAUCCUGGGCUGCCUCUUCGGCAUGGUGAUUGUCCUGGGCGCCGUCUACUAUUGCCUGCGGAAGAGGCGCAUGCAGGAGGAAAAGCAGAAGUCAAUCAGCGUGAAGAAGACGAUCCUGGAGAUGCGCUAUGGCUCAGACGUGGACACCAGCUCCAUCGUCCACUCUGCCCAGAAGCUGGGGGAACCACCAGUCCUUCCCGUCUCUCGCAUGUCCUCCAUCCCUUCCAUGAUCGGGGAGAAGCUGCCACAGCCCAAGGGCCUGGAGGCUGCGAUAGACACGCCCAAGGUGGCUACCAAGGGCAACUACAUGGAGGUGCGGACCGGGGGUGGUGGCGGCGGCGGGGAUGGCCUGACCAGGGGUGAGGAUGACCUGCCAGACUUGGAUAAUGGCCAGGGUUCAGCGGCAGAGAUCUCCACCAUUGCCAAGGAGGUCGAUAAAGUCAACCAGAUUAUCAAUAACUGCAUUGACGCCCUCAAGCUGGACACAGCCUCCUUCCUGGGAGGUGGCGGAGCAGACCCAGAUCUGGCCUUUGAGUGCCAGUCCAUCCCGACCAGCUCCACUGCUGGGCUGGAGCGGCCUAGCUUCUUGUCACCUCCCUACAAAGAAAGCUCCCACCACCCUCUGCAGCGCCAGCUGAGCGCUGAUGCGGCCGUGGCCCGCAAGACCUGCAGCGUCUCCUCCAGUGGCUCGAUAAAGAGUGCCAAGGUCUUCAGCCUGGACGUCCCCGAUCACCCGGCGCCCCCGGGACUGGGUAAGGGUGACUCGAAGUACAUUGAGAAGGGCAGUCCGCUCAACAGCCCCCUGGACCGUCUUCCCUUGGUGUCUCCCGGUGCCAUCCAUCACCUGGAGGUGAAGCCUUCCUACCACUGCAGCGAGCACCGACACUCGUUCCCAGCCUUGUACUACGAGGAGAGCGCAGACACCCUGAGCCAGAGGGUGUCCUUCCUCAAGCCCCUGUCCCGCUCUAAGCGGGACUCCACGUACUCUCAGCUCUCCCCCAGACACUACUUCUCGGGCUACUCCUCCAGCCCCGAGUACUCGUCCGAGAGUACCCACAAGAUCUGGGAGCGCUUCCGGCCCUACAAGAAGCAUCACCGGGAGGAAGUGUACAUGGCGGCUGGCCACGCUCUGCGCAAGAAGGUCCAGUUCGCUAAAGACGAGGACCUGCACGACAUUCUGGAUUACUGGAAGGGGGUCUCAGCUCAGCAGAAGCUGUGACCCUCUCCUCCCUCCCCGCCCCCGGUGAGGUGGGGGUGGAGAGAGGGACCAGGCUGG